AUGUUUGCGAAGCCUAAUCGUGACCCUGAAAAGGAUCCACAGGACCAAAAACAAGCGCAGGUCACCCUGGACGCCGGCGCCAGCCAUGUGCCCGCAACCUCAGGCACCACACUACUUCCACGGCCAGUUGCAUCGCUCGUUUCGCUGCUGACACAGUCUACAUCGCUGUCGUUGAGAGUGGGCACGUUCUUUGGCGGCGUGGCCUUGGAUGGUGCGCGGGCGACGACGUUGACGGGCUUGGAAUUGGGCCGUGCCGUUAUCGAGGGGAUUCUAACCAGGGCUGGGAGAGAUGUGGCCAUCCGCAGUGGUGAUGAACAUGGGCGGAUGGAGGCGGAAUCAUUAUUGGAGCGAAGUGUAUGUUAUCCGAAUCCCUUCUGGGUCACGUUCAAAUACUCAAAUGUCCAACAGUUAGCAACUCUCCAUACAACCGUGACCUCGGCAUCAUUCUUUGCCGCAGCCUCUUUUCAUUUCUCGUCCACCACGCUGGCGUCGGUUGCAAAUUUCUCACAGGCUCUUUUAUCAACUCUCGAUGCAAUCCUUGGAUCUACCGAGUCGUCGAGGGCCAUUGCGGCCAUCAUUACUCUUAUCCGACGCGAGUUUAGAUCCGUCGAUACGGGCGCUAGUGCCGAGAAGAUUGGCGUUGGAGAUCUUUUUCUUGGCUCCGUGGGUUUCGCGCUCCUCCAGCGCUGGGGCAAGAAGAAUACGGAACGCAAUCUCCGUCAAAAGGGUGGCGAUGAAGUGGUUUGGGAUACUGUGAUUUUGGACAAUGGCCUCAGGGCCGAUGUCGUUGGAACACAUCAAGUACAGUUCCCAGAUGGGAAUCAGGAGGACUUGGCAGAACCUGAAAGUGCGUCCUUUGUGAUGCCGGGCCAUGACGACGAGGCAUUUGACGCAGUGCAUCGGCGACCAAGCUUUACAGAACCCUUCUCUGGAUCUCGCCUUUCGCUCCAAUUGGAUGGUCAACAGCAAGUAUCCGACGACGACAUUCGGUCCUACAUUAUGAGCCAACUGCCCCAAGGCUGCCACGCUUCGAUCAAAUCGGAGGUCUUGACCGCGCGGACUAUCACUGUGGACAUAUUUGACGAUGAUAUGGCGGAAAUAGCUGCGCCCCCGGGUACGAUGAUGGUUGAGGAGAGGUUCCAUCACGACCACGAGUAUAACAACACAUCUGUGCCAGAAUACCAGCGGCUUCCAAGACAUACUGUCGUAUUCCGAACCGCUUUUAAUAAAUCCCAAAGCACUGAGCUCCGCCCUCACGACGCUCCACGCGUUUCAAGCCCGACAGAGAUGCAACGUCCACCAAGAUCACUUCCUCCGAAUCCGCUGCCCAACGGGCAUGUCAGAGCACCACAUGGCCGGGUCCAUCCGCAUCCCGAUUCCGCAAGCGAUAUAACCAUCAUGCGGCAGGACGCGACAAGUUCUGAAUCUGCAAGCGACCACAGUCAGAAACCCGCCUUCGGAAAACCCUCCUUUGCAAGAUUCGCCAAAAGAGUCAAACAGAAUGGCACGACAGAGAAUAACGAGCAUCCCAAGCGGCCACCACCCAAGAAGCCGGCUCUGAAAUCACCCAGCUCCUUGAGCCCCCCCAGUACACGCCUGCCCACCAGACUGACAAAAGGCGCUGCCUCUGUCAGAGAAGCGACUGUGCGCGAGACUUCUGGCCGGUCGGAUCCCAAGCGGCGACACACCGAGGCGGUCGACGCUCGACCAAGCACCCCGGCUCCGAAUAGAGGAUUGCGCAGAUCCCCGUUUCCAAGCUCGCCUCAGUCACCCCCGUCGCCCAGGGCGCACGCUAGACAUGUUCCUCCUCGCCAAGUUCCCGACCGGAGCAGCUCCAGGGCAGGGCACUUUGCAGUACGUGAAAGGAGUCAAGAGUCUCUCCUGACUCAUACGGAUACUUUCUCGCGCCGCAAUGAUGGCUUGCGCCCCGGCUCGCCGGCAGCUAUGAGGGCCCAUGUUCGCAGUAGCAGUUCGUUGUCCUUGACCAGAUCGGAGGCGGAUGGAACUGUAUCCGUGAACGACUACCGGCCAAGCUCAUCGGCCCUACACAGACGAUCUCAGUCCUUCACACCCAGUAUGUACUCAGUCGCCACUGCGGGCUCGGAGACAUCGCUUGUGCUGGCACAUAGGCCUCGCAAGAGUGCGUAUGAAGAUGUGAGCACCAUUCAGGCCCUAAAUCGCGAUGGUUUGGUACCAGGCAUCUUUCCUGAAAGACACUUCGUUCAAAACAUCCGCCGAUUCUGUCGCUUCUCGUCUGCAUCAUAUGGCGCUAGCGCGCUCAAGGUCAUGGGUGUGCCCAAAGGCACAAAGAGUCUACCGGCUCCUCUGUCUGACAGCCAUGAACACAGCGCGUUCUCAGAUCACGCUGGCCUUCCUCCGUCGACAAUUCUUCUCUCAUCGUUUGUCGACCCCGCGGGCGGAUCCAAUGCAGCUGGUGAGACCGAGAGCGGAUUCCCCCUUGUGCACUAUCUCUCCAUCGACCACGAGUCCAAGGCAUUGGUCCUGACUCUUCGGGGGACAUGGGGCUUCGAGGACAUCCUCACCGAUAUGACCUGCGACUACGACGAUCUAGAAUGGCAGGGAAAGAACUGGAAAGUGCACAAGGGCAUGCACGCCUCCGCCAAGCGACUGCUUGAAGGUGGCGGCGGCCGGGUCAUGAUUACUCUGCGCGCCGCUCUGGAAGAAUUUCAAGACUACGGCGUCGUCCUAUGCGGCCACUCCUUGGGGGGCGGCGUUGCAGCCCUGCUGGCAACGAUGAUCGCCGAGCCCAACAGCGCUCACACGGGGACAUCGUUCGUGACGGCAUCCUAUAAGCCUACGUCCCCGCCUCGCCUCAUAACAGUCGACAGCAAAACCAGCCACGGCUCCUCACCCCCAACAACGCCACCCGCCUACGACCUACCCCCCGGCCGCCCAAUCCACGUCUACGCCUACGGCCCACCAGCCGUGAUGUCCCCAUUCCUCCGACUCGCGACCCGCGGCCUGAUCACGACAAUUGUCAAUGGCCAAGAUGUCGUCCCCAGCCUCUCUCUCGGCGUCCUACACGACAUGCACACAGCCUCCCUCGCCUUCAAAAGCGAUAUUUCGGGCGCCAAGUCGCAGGUCCGCCGACGCCUGCACGAAAGCCUGCGCCAAAGCAUCAUCCACAAAUUCUACGUCAACCAGCCCCCGCACGUCCUCCAUGCCGGCGACGGUGUGGGCGAGGACGCCUGGGCCUGGAAAAUGCUCGGCCUGCUGCGCGACGAGAUGCGCGCCCCGAAACUGAUGCCCCCCGGCGAGGUAUUUGUCGUCGAGACGAUGCGCGUCCUGCAGCGGGAGGCGUUCACGCCUGUGCCGGACUUUUGCGGGGAUGGGUAUCCGCGGCUUGGCCGACCGGCCACGAGGGUGCAGAUGCGGUUUGUGAGGGAUGUGGAUGCUUUCUUUGGCGAGUUGAGGUUUGCGUCGGGCAUGUUGAGUGAUCAUAAUCCGGCUAGGUAUGAGACGAGUUUGGCGGCGUUGGCGAGGGGCGUCCUUGAUGAGUGA